AGGUGAAUGUUGCCAUUGGCGAUUUUCCAAUUCUCGACCUGUGCAAGAUUUUACAACUCUUUCAGCUUUCAAGCUUUCAAGCCAUAUUGUAAAGGAAUGGACUUUCUGUAACGACGGCGAAGGGCUGGAUGGAAAGCGUUCCCAAAUCUCCAUUGUUCUCUCAAUGCAACUUACAAAAUGAGACGGUAUAGAUAUAUCAAGCGACCUUGGAAAAAAUGCGUUUUUGAUGACCGAGUCACUCACCAAUUACAGCGUUUUAUUACGUCUUGAAGGAGACGCCCCAAACCUAACCCUGAAUAUGUGAUGAACUGAAUAUCGAGUCAUACGACGACGUUCGAGACGAUUUGCUCGGGUUCGGAAAGGCAGUAUCUGUGCCAAGAUCUGUGCUCCCAAUAGACGUGUGGAAACAGAUUGUCCAGCCAAUAAAAGGGUCUCGUCUCCUCCUUUCUCGUUAACCCCUAGUUCCCGUUCUCGACUUUCCAUUGUUCACUAUGUCCACCACGCAGACUAUGCUCGACCACAUCCACGCAAUACGUACCGCGGUCACAGCUCGGCCGACGCACUGCAGAGGAACCUGCGAAGUACCAAACGACCUUCUCCACCUUUUCUAUAGCAAGAACGCAGAAGACAACCAAUGCUCCCGUAUCAACUUGUCGGCAGCGUCUACGGAUGAGCUCGCCGCGCUUGCGAGUGCCUGCCAGCCCGCCACUUUCGGCAGGAAUCAAGAGAACGUGCUCGAUGAGACGUACCGGAAGGCUGGCAAGAUGGACAGGAGCGACUUCGCGACCCUCUUCCAUCCCGGAGACAUCGGUCUGGGUCCUAUCAUUCAGAACAGUCUUCUUUGCUCGGAUCGCGAGUUCACUAUGGAGCUCUACAAGCUCAACGUCUACGGGGAAGGCUCUUUCUUCAAGCCGCAUUGCGACACUCCCCGGAGCGGAAGCAUGUUUGGCUCCCUCGUCAUUGUCUUCCCGACGCCUCAUGAGGGCGGUGAUCUCGUUCUGCGCCAUGAUGGAAAAGAGUCAACGAUUGACUUCUCGGACAUGUUCGCUGACGGGAGCCAGCUAUCAGUGGGCUACAUCGCGUUUUACAGCGACGUCGAACAUGAAGUUAUGCCCGUUAAAGCCGGUCAUCGCGUCACCCUCACCUACAAUCUGUACUUUAAUAACCUCGUCUCUGUCGUACCACACCCGACAGAAACCGAGGCUCGGCUACGCACCUCCAUCUCUGCCCUCGUCUCCGACCCUACGGUGCUCCCAGACGGCGGCUAUCUCGCCUUUGGCCUCCAGCAUAAGUAUCCGCUCGAGGCGAACAACUACGCAUGGGUCGUCAAACGAUAUCUCAAAGGCGCAGACGAGAUCCUGGCUCGUGCUUGUACUGCGCUGAAACUUGACUGGAGUGCACGGAUCUUCUACGACGACUUCUUCGAUCUCGGGGCCGGAGACGCGUUUGCAGACGAGGUGGUUAGCCACAAUUCUCAGUUGGAGGAUGUCUACGAGCUCAACGACAUCAGUGCAAAC